CACCACUCCGAUAUUUGAACCCUAACCCCUAAGGAUUCCGUCAUGGUUUUCUCUAUCGACGAUGAAUCCACGUGGAGAGUCACGGCGGAAACCCCAGUCCGUGAAGUGAAUGGCAUGGACUGGGAGCGGUGCGCUGCUCUCCAUAAUCUAAUUCUGAGGCUUGGGUGGGCUGCAGGAGGCAAACCAGAGACGGAGAUGCCCAGGGAAACCUGGUGGCAAACACAUAUCACGGAUCCAGCCCUCGAGGCGGAAUGGUCAGCUCGCCUGUCACCAACUCUAAAGCAAUUUCUUCAAGCAGCAUUUGAAGAGGCUCCUAACCAGAGCUUCUUCUACUAUGUCCGUGGCAUUUCUUGCCCAGAAAAUCUGUUUGAAACUUGUCAUGAGGAUGAAGGGACAAUGUGUCUGUACCCGCUAGCCGAUCCGAAUAUGGGUAGUGACCCAGAUGGCUUGAAGUAAAUAUCUCAUAGAUUUGUUCGAAUGAUGGCUGAGCCAAUACCCAUUUAGCUUCGACCAAGAGAUGUCCCGGGCAAUUUUUCACGCCGAUGUCUCAAACUAUUCUAUUACAAACAAUGGUCGAACAGUUUGGGACCCUCUCGAGGUCGUUUUUACUGCUUGGCUAGGUAUGAUUGACUCUGGAAAGAUCGUUGCGAGGCCCUCGCCCGUUAGAGGACCAGGAGAAGCCGACCCAUGGGAGCUUCAGCCAUACAGCCAAAUGGAUCUCGAAGCUGCUGUCAGUUAUUUUGAUAAUUUGAUUCUCAAGAUUGAGAGUUUGGUCGAAAACCCGUCACUUCAACCGAAGGACAACCUAGAAGACCAAGCAAAGCUUGUCGCUCUUGCGACUGCCAAAUUCGAUGCGCCACGCUCCCAAAAUGAAAUGGGCCUUAUCUCCAAGGAAGUCUUGGACAGGGCUGGAUUAAAACAGGGCUUCGUCCGAGAGUUCCUCACAUCGGUUCGGCGACCAAAAGCAAAUAUAAAAUACAUAGCGCCAGGUCUGCGCCUUCCUACAGAACCCGACUUCUCGCCACUCCCACUACAGAAUGUUGACAUUCCUCAAUUAUUUCCAAACCCCGUUCUCCCAAUCCCUUUGUUUGUCACAGGCACCAAGUCAACUUCGCCUAUUUUUGAGCACUACCCUUUGCAAGAUCUCUCCAAUCUACCGUACGGCCUGUGGACAACCUAUGUCAACAGAGAUGGCGACCACGUCUUUGAAGACGGCUGCAGACUCAUCCUGCCAUUCAAUAUUGGCGCCCGCGGCUUUGCGCGGCGUACGGACGACACACUUAUCGGCGAAAAUCUUGAGAGCGCGAAGGUAAGGCCUAGCGGCCGGAGGAAUGAAUUAUACCAAACGGGGUAUAAUCAUUUUAUCCCAUUGCAUGAGCCGCAGUUAGCAGAUGUUUUGGGUCAAUGGCAGGCCAUUGUGGAAGCUGGAUUAUGGGAAGUAGAUGAAGAGGGUGUGGUAGGUGGAAUUGAGAAGUUUAAAGAGGCGGAUACGGAGGACGGGUCUUACAUGUAUCAGCUUCAUAUGAAAUGGUAGGUUAGCUGUCUGCUCUGUUAGAGGCCUAGUUUGCAAAAUAGACCGACGGUUAUGACACGAUUGAUAUACCGAGACAGAAAUCAGUAUUCAGAGCAGGGCUAGAUGGCUACUCUGUGAUGCGUGAAAACCCAGAGACUGGAUAGGGGGGCCGUAGCUUACGGGAUAAAUGAGA